CAUUAUUGCAGUAGCUGUAAAAAAACCACAGACCUCGUGGCUGCCGCCAGUGUAGCUGUUAGAGCUCCAGAAUUGCUGGAGUCGGCUGAUGAAGAUGGAUUUACACCGCUUCACUUGGCCGUUAUUCAAGGUAAUUUGGCUAUGGUCAAUUUACUUCUUGCUAAUAAGGCCGAUGUGAAUGCUGUGGACAAUGAAGGCCAUUCUGUUGUACAUUGGGCAACCGUUUGUGGUGAAAUUGAAGCAUUACGAUCAGUAUUACAAGCUGGUGCUAGCGUUACAAAACCAGAUAUUAAUGGUGGUAGUCCACUACAUUACGCUGCACAAAUGUGUGGUGCGCAUUACGAAGGCAAAUUAAAUCAAGCAACAUCAUCCAAAUUAGCAUUGGAAAUUUUAGCAAUACUUUUAAAUCAUCCACAGUCAUCAGUAGAUGUUACAGAUAAAGAUGGUCGCCAACCAUUGUUAUGGGCCGCUUCAGCUGGCUCAGCAAAGGCUGUGAUAGCACUUGUCAAAGCUGGUGCUCGAGUGGAGAGUUCUGAUAAGGAUGGUUUAACAGCUCUUCAUUGCGCAGCUUCACGUGGUCAUACUGAAUGUAUUGACACUCUUAUUAGUUUAUGUGGUGCGCCAACUGAUUUGAUUGAUUCCAAUGGCUGUACAGCUUUACAUUAUGCGGUGACUUUAGGUCAUGCUGAUGCCACAUCACGUUUAUUAGAUUUAGAAGCAGAUCCAAAUCGCCAAGAUCGUAAGGGUAGAACACCUGCUCACUGUGGUUGCGCUAAAGGUCAAUUGGAAACUGUCAAAAUGUUAAAAGAACGUGGUGCCAAUUUGUGGUUACGAAAUGCUAAAGGUGAUUUACCGUUGCAUGAAGCAGCAAGCUCUGGACGUCGCGAACUUGUUGAGUGGCUAUUGGAUCAAAGACCAAAACAAGUAAAUACGACAAGUAACGACGGAAGAACGAUGUUGCAUAUUGCAGCUAAUAAUGACUUCACUGAUAUGUGCAAAAUGCUGAUAGAUUUUGGAGCUGAUGUUAACUGCAUUUAUCGAAACAGUAAAGGUGUUGCAAUGACACCUUUAGAUUGCUCACUACAAAAAGGAUUUCGUUCUACAGCUAAAUUUCUCCAAUCAAAUAGUGGUCUUCCAGCCAGUAAAUUACGUCUUUCAGGUCGUCAUCCAAAUGCAUUUAACGAGCAAGAAUUAGUUAAGCCACUUAAAUAUGCUGAAAAAGAAGAAGUACAUGAUCUUAAAAAUCAGAAGAAGUAUAUUGUAUAUUCAAAGAGAUCUGAUUCAGAAUCGUCAGGUUGUAGUUGCUCCGAACAUUGGUAUAAAAGAGAGCAUCAUGUGAACCAUGUAUGUAAGCAUCAUAGAAAACGAUUGCGUCGAAGAACUAGUAGUUGUGGGGAGGUUGAUGAGAUCGGUAAUCAAGAUAGCUGCAGUGAUAUUUGUAGAUCUAAGAGUAACAUUGAAAUAAGAAGAAAGAGAUCUAGAGAACGGGUUUACACAAGUGAUGAAGGAGACUCUUGCGAAGUUUGCUGCAGACACAAAAGGCGUUUGAAAUCCAAACGAAAAGAACGUUCUCAGCAAAGACGUUACAAAGAAAUAACAUAUUCUGAAGAUGAUGAUGAUGCAGAUAGAAUUAGAAAUCAAAAGAGAAUUGAAAGAGAAAAAGGCAAAUAUAGUACGAAAACAGAUUCAAAAGGAAAUAUUUAUAAUGAAUCGACUGUUGCAAAGAGUGAGUCAGUAGAAGACGCUGUGGAUAGAUCAAGUCCACCUCUUGAAAAAACCCAGCGACCUCAGUCUGCAAAAAAAAGGAGGCAGCAGUCUAAAGAGGCAACUUUUAUAAAACCCGAAGUACUUGGCGACUCAAUUCCUGUAUCUGGCGCUUUCGACUUGACAGAUGAUGACGAAAUACAAAAAUCGGAAUUGGUUGUUACUCAAGUGCAAGUCCAUAAAGAGAUCGAAGAAACCUCGUCUCCCUUACCACCAACCGAACAAGAAGCAGAAAUGGAGGAUAAAACAAAAACCGAUGAAUCAACGGAAAUUGCAGUUGAAGAAAUUUCAAAAGAAGUUAAUGAGGUGAUCAAAGAUGCCACAGAAACAGUUGAAAAAAUUUCGGAAAACCCUUUGAAAGAUAGCAAAGAAGAGCUACAAGAAUCCUUAGUGACAGAAGAAAAACUAGAAAAAAUACCAGUCGGUGAAACCGAUACGGAAAAAGAAUCCGAUCAACCUGCAGCAGAAAGCGCUACCAAGCCAGAUAGUGAAAGCUUAAUUGAUGCAAAUAUUUCAGAAAAAGAAUCUUCAGUACCAGUUGAAACUGCCGUAUUGGAAGAGAAUAUUAUAAAAAACGCUUCCGACGCUAUUCCCCCUGAACUGGAAAAUACAGGAGAAUCUGAAUUGAAGACAGUUCUUUCAGAGCAGGUAGAAGAAAAACCACAAGAAGAGGUUAAAGAAAUGGAUUCCACUGAAAAUGUGAAAGCAGAAGUAACAAAAACAGAAAGUUUGCAGGAUGAUGUUACUGAAAAGGAAACAGAAGUGCCUACAUAUGCAGAUACUGCUGAAAUAUCUUCAAAAACUGACGGUGAAGAAAAUGUUCAGGUCACAGAGACCGAAGCAGACAUGCAGAUGCCAAAAUUGGAAACAGAAGAAAUUAAAGCUGAUGAAAAACCUGACUCUAUUGAAAUAAAUGGGAAAAAGGAAGAUGAAAUAGAGAAGGAAAAAUUUAUCGAGAAAACUGUUCAAAUAGCAGAAAAAGAAGAAAAUGGUUUAGCAUCAGAAGCAGCCCAAGUGAAUCUAUUGACUCCGAUUGGACGUGAACAAGAGAGUAGACGUUCAUUUACUUUAUUACCAGAUUCUCCUGUUGCAGCCAGUGAAAUAGAUGAACAACAGGAUGAACUUGAAGAAUCUGCCUUGCGUAAAAGUAGUUUCACGGUUCUAAAAAGUGAUGAGUCGGUUGAGAAUUAUGACAUACAAAAUGACGAAAUGCUUGUAAAUGAAAAGAGUAGUUUCCAAAUUGUUUCUAGUCCAGAAAAAAAAUCUACGAAUAAUCAAGCUUCAUACAGCUCGGAAGAUGCAGCCGAAGUUGAUGAUGAAGAAGACGAAGAGCAGCAAAAUCUCAGAACUGGAGUACCAGGUGCAAUAUAUGUAAGUAAUAGAGAUGGUCGCCAUUCGGCAAUGGCUGGAUCUAUUUCUGAUGGUGGCAGUGGAAGAAAGAAGCGUCUUAAGCGUCGAGUAAAAAGUGGAGGUAAAGGAAGAGGCUGGAGAAGUGUCGAAGUAGAUGAAGAAAGUCCGAGCGGCCAACAAGCUAGUCGCGAUCAAGAUUCUGGCUUUGAACCUAGUCCUAGAGCGACAAAAACUAAAUUAAAUACAUCUUAUAAUUCUUACGGUAGUUUUGUUCCGAAGAAAACAAUUUAUGCAACAAUAGAUGGAAGAUCGUGUAGUAGUCGAAUAGAAGGUCGUAAACCCGGUGAUAAAAAUUCCUGUAACAUGACGGCGGUUACAAAAUCUAUACAUAGAAAUAUUAGAAGAUAUUAUAUGGAGCGUAAGAUAUUUCAACAUCUUUUAGAAUUGAAAAGCCUCCAGAUACGUUCUAGUAAAUUAAAUGAGGCUGUUCUAGUUAAACGAGCUGUUGAUGAUUAUCAUAAAUCUUGUAUUGCUUUAGGUGCUGAAACUGGAGGUUCAUUAAGAAGAUAUCCGUAUACUGAAUAUACAUUUAAAAAUUUUGAAAUGUUCUUGUAUGAAACAUUAAAAUCCUUACAAAAACCUGGUACAUAUAAUUUUCAGAAUAUUAACGAAGUAUACGAAGAGGCUGAGAGACGAUUAAGUCCAGAUUAUAAUACUUAUGAAAAAGCUUUACAAUGUACAACCAAAACACAUAGAUGUCUUCAUGCUGCUCAUGCCUAUACUGGUAUACCAUGUGCUGCUUAUAUUCCAAUGAUGAAUCACCAUACAAUGCCAAAAUUUGGUUUUGGUUCUUAUAAAAAAUCUGGUGUUGGUAGUUUUUAUUUACCAAAAAUUUUAACAAGUCCUGUCAAAUGUGGUACAUCAAAUACUAAAACUGUUAUUAGUGGCAGUGGUGGUGCUGGCGGUACAAGAGUCUCUUUAGAAUUAUCACAUGGAAAAACUAAACAACUGAUAUCAUUACCAUCAGAAAAAUUAGAUAGUAAUAAACGUUAUUAUGUAACAUUUACUGUUAAAGGUUCCGGUGAAGGUACAGUUACAGGAAGUCCUGGUAAAACUAAAAUUGAAUUAUCAUCUGAUGGUAAAGUUAUACAACAGACUGAUGUAACACCAAUUGAAAAAUAA